AUGGGCCUCACUCGGUGCGGCAAGUUCCUCAAAUAUUCCAUGUUCCUUUUCAAUGCCGUCAUACUGAUCGCAGGAUGUGGACUCUUGGGGUUUGGUGUCUACGCCCGUACCAGCGAGAACCGUAUGACCCAGCUGUCGUCGAUACUAGGGUCCUACUACUACUCCACGCUAUCCUUGGCGCUUAUCAUUUCUGGAGCUGUCAUUAUUGUCGUAUCCUUCCUGGGCUGUUGUGGCGCUAUCAAAGAAGUCAGGUGUAUGUUGGGGACGUUCUUCGUCCUAAUUAUGAUGAUGCUGCUGAGUAUGCUCAUAGGAGCUCUGGUGAUCUACGUCUACCGGGACAAU